AUGGUGCGUAGCGAUCCUCGCGUCAAGGACAUCGUCCAUGAAUACCUCCCCUCGAAUGCACGUCUUCGCCAAGCUCUACCGCCGUGCGAGACCUACCCCGACGUGCGUCAUGUCGCCAUCGUUAGCUUAGGAGCGUCAAGCGCGUCGUCCUUGGGCAAAGUCUUCGGGAUCUGUACUCUGCCCCGACACCGUCGAUGCGUAAAUCACCUCAAGCCCGGCGCGCUGCAGAUGACGGAGGCGCAGCUCUUCGAGAAUUGGUGGUGUCACUUUCGUUGGCGCUCAACUCCCCCCGCGUUGGUGGCUGCUACAACCGGACCAGGGCGCCCCCCUCUCCACACCGAGACGGUGGUCGCUUAUGUAUACAUUCGGGACGGGGACGUUCCUGUCUCCCUCCCAGUGACGUGUGUAGACCGCGGCAUACAGCUCGAGCUCACGUUCCGUCAGCCGAUUACCUGCGACAUCCUGUCGCUGAAGCCGCGGGAGAACUACGAGUUGUACGACGCAAAGUUGCGAGAGUUUGUCGGCUUCCCGCGAGUGCACGAGCAUCGUUACUUCCAUCGCGACGAGGCCCUCGUGUACAGGGCUCCCGGCGUCGUGGACUGCCCCGGUUUAGAAGAUCUCGUUUUCACUCACCAGGUUCUUUACGACGGCCCGGCGCCCUUGCCGUCGCUGCUGCAGCACAUGCAGGCUAGCAGCUCCGGCGCCCGCAGCCCAUCACCUGACAACAGCUCGCAGGCGCUCCUGGUGUCGACGCCUGGUCGCGUUAUGCGCUCAGGGCGUGUCAUUACGCCCGAUGCGAGCCCGUCGAAGUCGUCCGUGUCUUCUCCGGGACCCAGUCGGCGCCUCACUCUGCCUAGUUCCUCGACCGGGAGCUCAUCGGCGGGACAGAAGAGGAAGCGCGGCGGCGUGCCGGCAUCGCCGAGCAAGCGUGCCGCAAACAAGGGGAAAGCCCGCAUGGAAGAGCCGGAAUCGGACGAAUCGGACGACGAGGUGUGGGUGGUUGUUGAUGCUGAUGAGGAGAUCGAGAUGCUAGUGUCGAGGUCGACCAUCGUCGUUCACAGCCUACUCGUUACACCGCGUCCCGUGUCUGCGUCACCAACAAUGCAAGCCGACCCUCAAAACGUGAUGCACGCAAACGUCGCUGAACCCCAAGCCCAGCGUCGCCGUCGGGGAUUGACGCGUCAGUUCGACGCGCUCAUGUCGAAGUAUGUGAGCGAAUGGAGGCAAACCUCGCCCUCCGACCGCGAAGGCCGCGCGAGAAUCAUCGCUGCAGCUGAGGCGGCGAUCGUGCAAGACGGCCGUUGGGACAGCCCUGUGAACAAGGUGGUGGCGAUCAAGCACUAUUUCAAGAACCGUUCUGCCUAG